GCAGCAAACAGUAGCUAGGUAUGUGAGAUAAAAAGCUAACAUAGCAUGGGAGAAACUUUAGAUUAGUUUCCUUGUGACUAUGGAAAAUUACUAUCACUCUGGCUGCCAUAGCUAUGCUCAUUCUCCCUUUCCAGUGCCUCCUCAUAUCUCUGCCUCUCUUCAAUUUAGUGAGUUCCACUCAUGGUCUGAACCCAUUGAAGGAGCUUCAGAAGAGAGAAGAAUAAGUGCUUCCAAAAGUCACAGUCAAGCAGAGAAACGGCGCAGGGAUAGGAUCAAUGCACAACUUGCAACUCUCAGAAAACUGAUUCCUAAGUCUGACAAGAUGGACAAGGCAGCUUUACUAGGGAGUGUGAUAGAUAAAGUUAAAGAUCUAAAGCGAAAAGCAAUGGAAGUUAGCAGAGUGUACACAGUUCCAACUGAAAUUGAUGAAGUAACAAUUGACUAUGACCAUGUUCAAGAUGAAAGCUGCACCAAAGUGAACAAAUGCAAGGACAAUAUCGUCAUCAAAGCUUCUGUUUGUUGUGAUGAUAGACCAGAAUUGUUCUCUGAACUCAUCCAAGCAUUUAAAGGAUUGAGACUCACAGCAGUUAAAGCUGACAUAGCCAGUGUUGGUGGAAGGAUUAAGAGCAUAUUAGUGCUUUAUUCCAAGGAUACUGCAGAAAAUGUUUGCCUCAGCACUCUCAAACAGUCCCUUAAAUCAGCAGUCACCAAAAUUGCUGGAUCUAAUUGUCCCACUAGAAGUAAGAGGCAAAGAUUCUUCAUACCUUCUCAUUUCUUACAGUAAUUUACUGAAAAAUCAUUUUAUCAUCCCCUUUUAUUCCUUAGGAAGGUCAAUUCAGUGGGGGAAAUUAUUUGCCUUAUUUUUCAAUGUUUAUAUAGCUUUUUAGAUACUUAGUUUGUACAUUAGGAAGCUGAGAUAAUGGUUUGGUGCCACUAAUUAAGGCAAAGUUUAAAUAGUUGGAAACUGAAGAAGCAAAGCAAAGCACGGUUAAAUAUAGAAACCAGUCUGCUUUGUUAAUUCCAGGGUUAAAUUUUUCAGAAUCA